AAUGUACAAUCAUUUGUAGAUGAUGCCGAUUCGUUAAGGCGAAAGAGACAAAAACUUAAUAACAACUCAAGCUCGAUACUUUUCAAACAUGUAGCAGAAGCUGAGAAGCAUGCCAGAAAUCAACCUAUUAGUUUUAAUAUCGUCAAAGCUGAACCAGCCGGUCGGAUAUCGCCGUUCACAGGUCCGGCGAGUGCGGGAAAUUUUGGUCUACAAUCUGUAACAUCAUCUUUACAACCACACAAUAGCAUGCAAGCUUUAAGGCCUCAGGUAUCUCCAGGGCGAACGCCGUCCCCCAUGGAAUAUACUGCCUAUAAUCCAUCUCUCGUACAACAGCAAUAUCAACCAAAUAUUCAACCUAUAAUGCCAAACGUGUCUGCGAUGACGGAUGUACAGGCGUUUUCUUAUGUAGAUCAAUUACAAUUACAACCAGAACCAAAUCUGUUGAUGUUAAACAGAGUAACGUCAGAAAAUCAAGGAGAUUCCCAGCCAGUAAAUAAUAUUGAAACUGCAGGAGCCCCGUGCUUCUUAGACAUGGAUAGUCAACAAUUCAAUUUUGAUUGGAAUUCCGCUGAUCUCGCGGAUUUUGGAGCAAAUCUCUCUGCAAAUCUGUCGACUGGAUUAUCCAUAUCCGACUCUAUACAACCUGAAGUCGGGAGCAAUAUCGAAGAAAGGAAUAGUAUGACCGAGCGUAUUACUUGGAUAAACCAAGAACUUUCCGCUUUGAAUAAGAUACUCAAACCUAAUCGAGAAAAUGAUGGCUGAGAACUUGAUUAAAAUUACUUACUAUUAAUUAAUAUUGUGGCCUAUGCCAAAGUGAUCAUAAGAAAUUGCAACUGGCCUCAUCUGUAAUUUAUUACAAGUGCUCUCUUCACUGCCAUUAAAGAAAAAAAAAGAAAAAAUUAAUCGAGCUAUUUUUUGCAAUAGAUAAUAAAAUAUUUCAUGUACAAAUAAAAUAACAAGAAAAAUAGCAAGAAAACGAUAAUUUUGCACUUUAAUCGUUUCUAUUCGCAAUCUAUUUUAUUUAUAUUAUAUAUUCGAUUUAUUUUUUAUUUAUAUAAAAGUAUAUAGAAAGAAUUUUAUGAUAAAUGAACAAAAAAGCUUUAUAUAUUUUCCAGCGUUAUUAAUACACAAUUUAUUAAUAUACUCAUCGACGAAUAUUAGUUGAAACACAGCAACAUUAUAUAUAUAUAUAUGUAAUCUUAAUAUUUAGCUAUUUGUAAUUUAUCUAAUAGUUACACAAUAAGCAUUGGAGCAAUUAUCUACUCAAGAUAAGUUGUUCGGUCGGUCAUGUGUAUGUGUGAGACUAAUAUCGGUGGGAGAUGUAACAUUUGUUUGUCGACAUCAGAGAUUGAGAUGUUAAUUUAAUUUGAGAUAAUGCUCGGAUUUAUGAUCAAAGUUCAUAGUUCAGAUCAUAGUUUAUGUUUUUAAUAAUAGAUUGUACGAUACACUUGAUGAAAAAAAUGAAUGUCGCGCAACAAAUAAAAGAAAUUAUUGUGAUAAAUUCUUCAUGAGACAAGUUUAUAGGCAAUAAUUGUAAAUUAUUAAAUAAGAUAAAUAUUUUUGUGAGCAAUUUCUUUCUCACGUUUUUUUUACGCUUGUACGAUUUCACUUCUCUUUUAUUCUUUCUUUUUGCACAAUUACGUUUUUUACAAAACUAUGUUUAUACCUCUGUAUAUAUUUGUAAUAUAUAUGAACGCGUUAUACAUGUAGAAAUAAUGUUGAUAUACUCGAAAAAGCAUAUGGUAAAAAGAUUGAAAUCAAUGUACUCAAAAAUUUCAAUGGAUGUUCCGUCCAGAUAUUUCUUUUUAUGUAUAUAUUUUGCAGGAGUUUUUUAUUUAAGAAUAAUAUAUAUGGGAGAAUAUAUGUGUGUAUGCAAUUAUCUAAUGUACCAAUUUUAUUAGAUUAAGUAAAUAUAUGAUAUCGUGCAAUAUAA